CCAGGCCGGACUCGACUCGACAGGGCCGCACCCUCGCUCCCUCCCCCUCGACAGCCUUUCCCAGUGGGCAGUGAGGCCACCCCCUGCCUCCCCAGACCCCAUGUGCUCUCCUCCUUGUGGCCCGUGCACCACGUGCUUCUCUCAGCAGCACAGAUCUGACCGGGCCCUCCCCAUAUGCUCUCCCUUGUGCUUUCCUCUAUGCUAAAGAUCAACCUACGUUCUCCUCCGAGGCGUGCGAGAUCGGGCACGAGCUGGCCCACGGGCUCUCCAGAGCUGGAGGGCGCUGCGUCUCCCCGCACCUCCUUCCCAUCCCGUGGGAUUCAGCUCAGCUGCCACCUGGCCCAGGAGGCUAAAGAGGAAGACUCCGGAGCCCUCGACCCCUGCACACGGCUGCACCGCCUCCCGUGUGCAGACGGGACAUGCUGCUGCUCAAGAAACAGACGGAGGACAUCAGCAGCGUCUAUGAGAUCCGGGAGAAGCUCGGCUCGGGCGCUUUCUCCGAGGUGGUGCUGGCCCAGGAGCGGGGCUCCUCACACCUUGUCGCCCUCAAGUGCAUCCCCAAGAAGGCCCUUCGAGGCAAGGAGGCCCUGGUGGAGAACGAGAUCGCGGUGCUCCGCAGGGUCAAUCACCCCAACAUCGUGGCUCUGGAGGACGUCCACGAGAGCCCUUCCCACCUCUAUCUGGCCAUGGAGCUGGUGACGGGGGGCGAGCUGUUCGAUCGCAUCAUGGAGCGCGGCUCCUACACGGAGAAGGACGCCAGCCACCUGGUGGGCCAGGUCCUCGGUGCUGUCUCCUACCUGCACAGCCUGGGCAUCGUGCACCGAGACCUCAAGCCUGAAAACCUCCUCUAUGCCACGCCCUUCGAGGACUCCAAGAUCAUGGUCUCUGACUUUGGCCUCUCCAAAAUCCAGGCUGGAAACAUGCUAGGCACCGCCUGUGGGACCCCGGGCUAUGUGGCCCCGGAGCUCUUGGAGCAGAAACCCUACGGGAAGGCCGUAGAUGUGUGGGCCCUGGGUGUCAUCUCCUACAUCCUGCUGUGUGGGUACCCCCCCUUCUACGAUGAGAGCGACCCCGAACUCUUCAGCCAGAUCCUGAGGGCCAGCUACGAGUUUGACUCUCCCUUUUGGGAUGACAUCUCAGAAUCAGCCAAAGACUUCAUCCGGCACCUUCUGGAGCGAGAUCCCCAGAAAAGGUUCACCUGCCAGCAGGCCUUACAGCAUCUUUGGAUCUCCGGGGAUACAGCAUUUGACAAGGACAUCCUGGGCUCAGUCAGUGAGCAGAUACAGAAGAAUUUUGCCCGGACCCACUGGAAGCGAGCGUUCAAUGCCACCUCCUUCCUGCGCCACAUCCGCAAGCUGGGGCAGAGCCCGGAGGGCGAGGACGCCUCGGGACGGCGGGCGAUGAGCCACAGCCAGCCGGGCCUCCACACCGGCCAGCCCUCCAAGUGGUGACGCCCAGGCUGAGCGCAUGGACCCCCAGACUCCCUUCCAAUGGACCCUUUCAGUCCCCCCCCACCCCCCCCUCCCGCCCCGGGGCACCUCUGCGGGAGAGCCGGAGCCCUGUGGGUGUGGUGCAGGGCACUGGGGUGGGCGCCGUCGGGGCGCGUCCACAGACUUCCCUCCCCUGUCGCCGCCACACCCCGUCUAGAAAGCAAGAGGUCCAGGGGCUGUCCUUCCCGUGCUGUUCUGUGCUUUGCUGACUGUGGGUGGUCCUGCUUGUGUCGUGGCCCUCCAGCCUCCCUCCAAGUCUUCCCCAAAUCAAUAAAGACAGA